CCCGAGGGGCCGCUGCCUUCUCCUCCUUCUCCUUCUUCUUCCCCGCGCCUGCUCCUGGCAGGAAGGGGGCGGUGAAGGGACAGCCUCCCCCAGAAGAAACGCGCGUGGAAGGAAGACUCCACUCCAGCCCAACUUUCGGAGCGGAAAAGAGAGCCCGCACGCUCCUCUUGGGUAAACUGCACAUUGGGAGAAACUCUUCAGACAUCAGGAGUGUUUGGUCUUCACAACUGCUGGCUUAAUGCAAUAUGGAAACCUCACUGAUCAUGGACUGAUGCCUUCGCCAGCCGGGGCUUUGCACUGCAUAUCUUUAAGAGGGCGAUUCUUUCACAAUGAAUGUAAGGUCAUGCAGUAUGAGCCAUCGGACAGCAAGUACUCCUCACAGGUCCAAGAUGGUAAAUGGACUUCAUAUCCCACCCAUCCGAACUCAUGUAGGAACUUCUUGCUCAUCAACUAGUGCUAGUACUCCAAGCCCAGCUAUUGGGAUCCUGUCCAGCAACUUUCAUUUAAAGGCAUCUCUUGGAGGAGGCAUUGCCCCACCAAACAACAUUAUUGAUUCCAAUAUUCAUUUCCCUGCUUUAAGCCCCAGGAGACAAACAGUUACAAGUGGGAAACCUUCAUUCCAAGUUCCACAAGCUCCAGGAUUGACAGCACCACAGUUUUUGAAGCCAAAGCAGCAAGAAUUUGGAAAUAGUUUCACUACCAGCACAGUUAAAGGGGGUCUUGUCUGUGGGCCUCGGUGCAAGUCCAUUGGAAAAAGCAGCUGCAACAAUUUAAUAGUUACCAGCAGUCCAAUGAUGGUUCAGAGACUGGGACCACCAUCUCCUCCAGCACAACAGGUCUCAACGGCAUGCAACCAAAUCAGCUCUAGUUUACAGAAGGCUAUGAAUGCUGCAAACCUAAAUAUACCUCCAUCUGAUACAAGAUCCCUGAUGUCACGGGAAUCUUUGGCAUCCACAACAUUAAGCCUAUCUGAAAGUCAAUCAAUACAGAAUGUCAAACAAGAGUGGCUUCAUGGUUAUAGGAUUUUCCCUUCUUUUCCUUCCAAUCACGGCUCACAAAACAGCAGUGAGUCGGGUGAUCUACCAAGUGUCACAUCUGGCAUGUCCAUGUCCAACAACGUUUCUAGCUCAUUACCAUCUUACUUGUUUGGUAUGGAGAGCAGCCAUUCACCUUAUCCUAGCCCCCACCAUUCUUCAGCCAGGUCUCAUUCAGCCAAAAAGAGGGCCCUCUCCUUGUCCCCUUUGUCUGAUGGCAUUGGGAUUGACUUCAAUACAAUCAUCCGCACAUCUCCCACCUCUCUUGUUGCUUACAUAAAUGGUUCAAGAACAUCUCCAUCAAACCUGUCUCCUCAGCCUGAGGUCUAUGGACAUUUCUUGGGAAUAAGAGGAAGUUGCAUCCCACAAACAUGUUCGAUUCCUAAUCCCAAAAAAAGACUUUUAGUGGCUAAUGGCACUGUCACCUUCCCAGGGUGCCAUGAAAAUGGAAAUACUGAAUACCAACGCAUGCAACAGAUGGAACAAAACAUCCUGCAGCCAGUGGUCACAAACAACAUGGUGGUUCAACAAGGUAUUUCUCUUCUAGACAACCAAUCUGUGGGUAUGUUAAAGAGUGGGAGUAUGGAUGGUUUUUCUGGAAACACCAAUGAGAUGUCCUCUGCUUCUCCAUUGGCAACUCCAGUUCUUCCUCUGCCACAUGGCCCACCACCUCCAUACCAUGCGCAUCAGCAUGAACUCAUAAACCAUUCCCACCAGCUUUCCUUGCCACCAUCCAUCCAAGGUUCUCUCUUGGAUGAGGAUGGUGAACUGGAUGAUUUUAAUGGCAAACACUGUUGUCGCUGGAUAGAGUGCAGUGCUACCUAUGACCUGCAAGAAGAACUUGUACGGCAUAUAGAGAAAAUUCACAUAGACCAAAGGAAAGGAGAGGAUUUCACUUGUUUCUGGGCUGGGUGCCCUCGAAGAUACAAGCCAUUUAAUGCCCGCUACAAACUUCUGAUUCACAUGAGAGUGCAUUCAGGAGAGAAGCCAAACAAAUGUACAUUUGAAGGUUGCAAGAAGGCCUUUUCCAGACUAGAAAAUCUCAAGAUUCACUUAAGGAGCCACACCGGAGAAAAGCCUUACCUUUGCCAGCACCCAGGCUGUCAAAAAGCAUUCAGUAAUUCCAGUGACCGAGCCAAGCACCAAAGGACGCACCUGGACACGAAACCUUAUGCUUGCCAGAUUCCUGGAUGUACCAAACGAUACACUGAUCCAAGUUCUUUAAGAAAGCAUGUAAAGGCCCAUUCCUCCAAAGAUCAGCAGGCCAGGAAAAAGUUGCGUUCCAACACAGAGAUUGACCAGGACAUUCUCAGUGACUGUCUCACCAUCCAAACCUUUCAGCCAUCCACAUCUCCACAUGAUGCUGCAGAUAGCAGUGUGAGACGAUCGCCAGGACUGGUGCCUGACAUUUACACAGCUGCACUGUUCUCAAGUAAUCAGUCAAGCCGAAGUACAACGGCAGUAGAUGUUAUGACCUCGUCACUCUCUGUGAGCCACAGUUCACCAGGACACAACAUUCAUGGUGGCCCAGGCAACCCACCGAUCCAAGGACUCCCUCUCACUACAGGAGACUCUGGAAAAGAGAGAUUUUCCACAUCUGCUCCUUUUUCUCCUCAUCAUAUAAGCCCCAGGAGAAUUUCUGUUCCCUCUCCCUUGAUGCAGAAAGGGACAGCACAGUGCUCCAAUGGCCAGCAACUUGUGGAGACCCAUUUGAAGGUGUAUGACCCAUCAAAACAUCCCACUCUUCAGCCAAACAGCAUCCAAAUCCAAGGUGUUUAUGGCCAACUACAAACUUUCUGUUCUCCGAAUUAUACUGACAAUCAAAGAAAUAUUCAACAUGUUGGAACUUGUAAUAUGGUCCCUCCUUUUGAAGACUGUCUUGUACCCACAUCUGUGGGGCAGGCAGGUCUUGAUGUUUUCCACAGAGCAUUUUCAGCACAUUCUGGUAUUGCAGUGUAUGAUCUUCCAUCUGGCUCCACGGGUAUCUUUGGUGAUCCCUUAUGCAAUGGGGCUGAGGACACCAGUUUCCUUCAGAUAAAUGCUGUAGAUCGCUGCCCUAGUCAACUUUCUUCUGUUUAUACUGAAGGCUGAGGAAACACAAGUAAAAAUUCUACAUUUAACUCCCAUGAGAACCACUGUAUUAUAGAUCAUUUUUUUUCUUGGUCAGGAAACAAGUACUAAAGGUAUGACUUUUUUAAAAAUGGAGGAAAACCCACCACUAUCAUCAUCAGAAAGACUCAGCUUCACAGUUGCAGCUAAUAUCUGGAGUUGUGAGAAGAUGUUGGUUCAAAGGUAUUUACCAAAGUGUGAGCAGUCGUUUAUUCAGUUCAGCCUUUUCUGUGGCAAAACCUCUUUCCAAAGGGAACGGAAAAGAAAACGACUGCUUGAUACAUUUUAAAAUGAAUUAUCUGGUUUUUAGAAAAUGAUAUUUUAAAAAUCUGUUGUAAGUACGAUAUGAAAAUGAACCACAACUAUAAAUUGUAAACCUCCUGUAAAAAAAAGAGAGCUCCUUACAUAAUGAGCCAGUCUUAAGGUGCUCUGGAAUUUAAGUAAUCCCACAUGUAAGAGGGCAAAAAGGGAAAAUCGUGUGUUUUUCAGACUUUCUGUGGGACCAGUAGGUAGUGGUAAUAGUACUGCUGCAAUGUCUUUUUCUAAAAUAUAGGUAUUGUUGCUUCUGGAUUUGUUAAUACUCCUUUAAUACUCUUAGCAACACAGUAUUAACUGCAUUAGCUGUAAGAUAUGAGUGUUUGUGGCUUCUUAACAUUUUGUCAAAGUGAAUUCAUUCUGCUGGGUAUGAAUAAUGCUUUAUAAUUUAAUUAAUUAAUAUUUAGUUUCCAUAUAUAUUAAUUUAUUUUUAAAAGCACACCCAUUCUGAGUAGGUGUUUCACACCAGCCUCCACUUUCCUAACAAAUAUCACCAAACUUAGUUCCUUAAUAAUCCAAUAGAUAGUUAGGGUGAGGACCCAACAUGAUGUGGUGGUUUGAGCAUUGAACUGACUCUGUAGACAAGGGUUUGAAUCCUUGCUCGACCAUAACAACCAAUGGGCAAGUCACACCUUCUUGACCUUGAAGGAACACCAUGGCAUAUUCUUUUGAUCAAUCUUACAAAGAAAGCCCUAUGUUAGGGUCACCAUAGCUCAGAAAUGACUUGGAGGAACACAACAACAACAACAACAACAACAACAACAGACAAGGCUCAGUCUGCACAAAAUGGGGUUCUAGUCAUUUGGUUACAUUUUUACAAAUUUUGUUGACAAUGUUAGCUUUUCUAUAGUACUUCAGUGAUUUUAAUUGCUCUUUUAAAAAUAGCUGAUGACUAAAUCUAGGAGAAAACAUUUGUGGGCAGAUAUGAGGCCCCUAUAUAAUUCUGCUGCAAUUUUUGCUAUGUUUUGGUUCGUUAACACCCAUGAUUUCAGAAAUUAUUUUUGAAGAAGUUAGAAGCACCACUUCUCCAUAAUACCUACAAAUAGAUGGUAAUUUUUUUUGUACCAGAAGUGUUUCACACAUGCAUUUUUUCACAAGCAACAGAACAGGCGAAAUAUGGAAAAUUAGGAGCUGUUUUUCCCCAUUAAUAUUCCUCCUGUGUUCCACAUUUCAGAAAGAAACAUAUUGGGUACAUUCCUGGUAAAUUUAUGAGUGUGUAAUUGCCACUGAAAUCAAUAUGGUUAAUUACACUUAAGCAUUUCUAAUUGUGAGAAUUACAUCAAUUAGAACAGGAUGACUUUUAGGAGUCUUCAGAUGAUGUCAUUGUUUAGUGGAGCUUAGAUAUAUAUACAUGCAAAUGUGUUCUGUGAUUGUCAUAUAUGUAGCACAUGCAGCCACAAUGUCCAUUCAUUUUUGUACCAUCACCUCCCAUUAAGAACACAUCAUUACCCACAACUGAAA